AUGGGGGCUCCAAGAAAUUUCAAGCACUCCGGCAAGAGCAAGAAACAAAAGAAUGAACAGAAGUCUUUGACUACGCAAGAGGACUUUUAUUUGGCCGCGAUUGAGUGCGAAGAGCAGGCCGACCGGUGGUUGCUCUCAGAUAUCAAGAAGUGUUUACGAUUCUAUCUUAAGGCCCUUACAUACUAUGAAAACGGGCUGACUGCUCUAGGUUCCACGCAGGAGGGCAAAUACAACAUUUAUUACAAUGAAACAAGACUUUUUUUGCAAAUUUAUACGGAUUACCUCGCUAAUAAUGGCUAUAUCAAUAUUCUGCAAUACGUAAAAAUGGACGAUAUGCCCGAUCUUUCCAGUUUGACAUUAUCUUUGCCGCAGAUUACGCAACGAUUUGAAAUCGUUUAUGAAGCCUUCCCGGUGCAGAGAACUUGGGAUCUUCAAUUCAACUUGUUGACAUGCUAUUUGACUCUGAUAGAGUCCAUGGAUGGUAGCUUUCCGCCCACUUUUACAUUGGAAGGCUCCGAGAUUUUAAAUUUGACGAACAAAUACAUUGAAGUUUUUCAACACCUCGUCAAUGAUCUGCUGCAAGAACUGCAAAACUGGAGCGAAACUGGAGCGCGAUAUUCCGGUGAUACGGAUGCGGACUUGCAAAGGGAUACCCUAGAUGAGGACGCGAUGUGCAUGACCAGGGACGGAACUGGGAUACGAACCAACGGCUCCUCGGAACCACGAGUCGAAAGCAUGGACGUCUCUGAACAAAUGACUCCGUCUUCACUUACGGAGGUACUGGUCAACUCUUUAAAGUUCAAUCAUGCUCUGAUGGAAUUGAUCGUUGAAUCGAAAAUAGCAAACGAGAAGUAUCCCGAAACGAAGAUCUUGAAUGCUGUUCAGACCAAUUUCUUGGAAGAUACAACCAAAAAAUUUUAUUUACAACUAUGUGACAUCAUAGACUCUAUUUCCACUGCGAUCCCAUUAGAUCUUAAGGAAAUCCGUUUGACUAAGGCUUUGAUUCAAGGUUUGAACAUCGUGACCUCGGGAACUUUUGAGUCGUUACAAGAUCUGGUUCUGGAUGCUGUUCCCUUAGAUGACAAUGACGUACAGGGCAAGAUCGAUCUUUCGUUGAUCAAAGUAGACAUCGUUGAAUUUGCGAUUUCGUGCCUAAAGGAGAGUUUUUCAGAGGCUGCCUGGAAGCUUUCUGGUCUAUUAAAUAAAGUUCUUACGGUGGCUAGAACUUUAUUGACAAACUAUAGAAAUCGCAUUUUAUUUGUGAGGGAUCAAGAGUUGAACGAGCAACUAAGCCAUGUGGCCUUUCAACUUUGCGAUAUCUUGGUAAAUUCUUCCGAUAAUGAACUCAGAAGGUACGCCAUCAAGCAACGCAACCAAAAAUCGCAAGGAACUCCAGAUGGAGAACGCACUUUAAGAAUAUUGAUGAAAAAUGCUAAUGUUUUCCUGAAUAAUGCUGUCACCAUUUCAUCAAAACCGUGCGGGUUACAAGAGACGAUCAUAAAUAAACUGAAAAGGAACUAUAUCCACAACCAAGCCAAAGAAAGAUUACUUUUCUUGCAAGACCUCGAACAGAGGUCAAAUGGUGGUGAGGAUGCUACGCCCGCUCCGCCCACCACACUGACGUUUGAUAUACCAUCAGAUCACGUUUUCUACAGCAACAACCAUUAG